AUGUCGGCCGGCAGGGGGGUCGCCUUGGCAGCGUGGACAUGCCUGUUAGAAAUCAGUGUCCUGACAGCCGGGCCCAUGCCCAGUUAUCACACAGAGCCAGAAGAAAGGAUGGGCACUCCCUUGCCCAUAAACUGCAGAAUGAGCCCUUGGAGCGAAUGGUCACGCUGCCACCCUUGCCUGAAACAAAUGUUUCGCUCAAGGAGCAUUGUGACCUUUGGACAAUUUAAUGGGCAAAGUUGCUUGAGCAGUCUGGGAGACAGACGACAUUGUGUGCCCACUGAGAACUGUGAAGACGCCGAUGAUGACUGUGGAAAUGACUUUAAAUGUGAUACAGGCAGGUGCAUAAAGAGGCGACUUCUGUGCAAUGGCGACAAUGACUGUGGGGACUAUUCGGAUGAGGACGAUUGUCAAGAUGAUCCCCGUACACCUUGCCGUGACAAAGUGGUGGAAGAGUCUGAGAUGGGGCGUACAGCAGGCUACGGGAUCAACAUCUUAGGGCUGGUGCCCUUAAACACGCCUUUCGACAACGAGUUCUACAACGGACAGUGCGACCGCACUCGGGAUGGAAACACCUUGACCUACUACCGCAAACCGUGGAACGUGGCCAGUCUGACCUACGAAACCAAGGUUGAUAAAAAUUUCAGAACAGAGAAAUAUGAAGAACAUUUUGAAGUGGUCAAAUUCAUCAUCCAGGAGACAACAUCAAAAUUUGGUGCACAUCUAGGUCUGAAAUUCACACCGACUGAAAUACUCUCUGCAGUUAAAGACAAAAUUCCGUCGGUAGGAAAUGCCAUGGAUGCACAUGGGCCGCCUGGCAGCAAACACCAAAGUCCUUCGGAAAAAAAAGACUCCCCGGGGCCUAGUGUUCCCGUCAAGUUUGACAGUUCGUUUCGAUUUAGUUAUUCCCGAAAUGAAACCUACCAGCGGUUGCUUUUACUUUCUUCCAGGAAGGAAAAAACGUUUCUGCACGUGAAAGGAGAAGUGGAUCUAGGAAGAUUUGUGAUGAAAAAUCGAAAUGUCGUGCUGGCUCCAACUUUCUUGGAUGAUUUAAAGAAUCUGCCAACUACCUAUGAAAAGGGGGAAUAUUUUGCGUUCCUGGAAACCUACGGAACUCACUACAGUAGCUCCGGGUCUCUGGGAGGAUUAUAUGAACUGAUAUAUGUUCUGGAUAACAUUGCCAUGAAGAGAAACGGCGUUGAAGUAACGGAUGUCAAGAAAUGCCUCGGGUUUAAUGUGGACAUAUCUGUGAAUGUUGUAAUUGAAGUCAAAGGAGGAGUUGAUAAAAAUAAGUGUGUGAAGAAGGUUAAUGGUAAAACUGUAAACAUCACCGGGGACGGCAUCAUAGAUGAUGUCGUUUUAUUUAUAAAAGGAGGAACCAAACAAUAUGCAGCUCAACUGAAAGAGAAGCUCUUCAGCGGAGUCAGGAACAUUGACGUGACCGACUUUGUAAACUGGGCAUCUUCCUUAAGUGAUGCCCCGGUGCUCACAAAACAAAAGCUGUCUCCUAUACAGAAUCUGGUCCCAGUGAUGCUGAAAGAUGCACACCAAAAGAAAGAACAUUUGGAGAGAGCCAUUGAUGAUUAUGUCGAGGAAUACAGUGUGCGAAAAUGCCACCCGUGCCAAAACGGGGGGACUGUGUACCUGCUGGACGGAAGAUGCCUGUGUUCCUGCCCGAUCACUUCCGAGGGGAUUGCCUGUGAAAAGAGUAAACGAAUCGAACUCCCAGUGUCACCAAUGGAAGAGAAAUAG